AUGUGGUCAGUAAUUGAAACAGGAAAUUUUACUCCAAUGACUACUCCAACGGAUACUGUCCCUGCCACGAUAAACCUCAAGCUUCCUGGACCUCUGAAGAAAAAAAAUCAGGAACUCUUAAACUCAAAAGAUCCAUUUAUAUUAUCUUGUGCUUUAAGCAGGGAAGAGUAUGAUAGAAUAGAGGAAUACAACUCUACCAAAGAAAUUUGGGACAAACUCAAGAUUCAUCAUGAAGGAACCAGUCAUGUAAAAGAAGAAAGGAUUGACAUGGGAGUAAGAAAGUUCGAAACAUUCGAUAUGAAAGAAGAUGAAACCAUAUAUGAAGUGUUUUAUAGAUUUACAAUACUAAACUACAUUACUCAUUAA